UCUUGUCCAACCGGAAGAACCGGACUUAACCGGCUAGUUUCUAAAAACCGGUUAAACCGGCUGAUUUCUCAGUAUUAAUCACUUUUGCCUUGAAUUAUUAAGGAAAACAAGCUAAAAAAGAUUUCUUGGUCAACUUAACUACAAGUAAACUUAAAACUUAAAUUAAAAACUCACUUCAAAAAUCGAUUUCAGCGCAGAAAGUCAUUGUAUAUUCACCUGUUCGACGAAAUUCCCCAUAGACUUGCAUAUAAUUCUCUGUAAUCCAUUACUUGCAAAGCAAGUAUAGGUACUAACACUUGUCAAUAUUUCUUGUUUUCCAUUGUUAAACUCGUUAACGUCAAUAUUAAUGCAUGAUGCUCACCACUUGUUUGACAAUAUGUCUCUUAGAAAAUCCAAUAGUUACCUCUGUGCCAAUAGAGUUGUCCAUGGAAUCUCAAGGCGAAGUAUGUUUUUAUGCGUUUAUGGAGCUUGCAAUACAGCAGGCAAAACAUGCCUUGGACCAUCUUGAAGUCCCAGUGGGUUGUGUCAUUGUUGAAGAUGGGAAAGUCAUUGCAUCUGGCAGAAAUCGAACCACAGAAACAAGAAAUGCAACAAGACAUGCGGAGAUGGAAGCAAUAGACUUUCUUCUUGAACAAUGGAACCAAUGUGGACUUUCAGUAUCAGAAGUUGCUGAAAAGUUCUCAAAAUGCAUUCUAUAUGUUACUUGUGAACCCUGUAUAAUGUGUGCUUCGGCUUUGUCUAUUCUUGGUAUAAAGGAAGUAUAUUAUGGCUGUGCAAAUGAUAAAUUCGGAGGUUGUGGAUCAAUAUUGUCACUGCAUUCAAGCAUCUCUCAGCCUCCUGCUAGUGAGGAAGUUGCACAAGGAAAGGGUUUUAAGUGUACUGGCGGAAUAAUGGCAGCUGAAGCUGUCUCUCUUUUCCGAUGUUUCUACGAACAAGGGAAUCCUAAUGCUCCGAAACCACACAGGCCGGCGGCUCUGCAGCCGACAACACAGGACUAGAAUGUUUCGUCUCUUCUGGGUCAGGGCUUGAAAAUAUCAAGAAACCUCAUGGCAACUAAGCUUAGAAAAGGAUCAGAGGCAUCACUCAAGUUUGUUAAGAGAUUUGUUUUUUGUGCUUCACUAACUUUUAGAUUCUGCACAUUGAACUCCAUAACUUUAUUUACAGCCAUAUCCACAGAACAAAUCUUAUGACGGUGUUCACUUAAAUUAAAUGAAUAUGUUAGUAUUCAUAUGUUUGCAUCAA